CUAGUCUUCGCGGUACUGUGUGAUGAAGCUGCGUUUUUUGAGUUUCGUCUCCAUUGAUUCAAAAGUCCUCAAGACUGACUUGCAAUGAAUAUGUUGCGAAGUUGUAGAACAUCCUAUUGAGUCUGUAGCGGUUCUUGCCAGAUAAAGACCGAACGAACAUGGAUGAGCUCAACGUGCGUGCGUUGCGAUUUUGGGUGAAGCGGAUUGCGUGUAGGGUAAUUCGAUCCUUGCGCGCGAACCUUGAGCAGGAAGUCGCAGGCCGUUUUUUUGCGCAUUGGAAGGACUUUUGCAGCCACCAGAAAGAAGGCUACGCGCAAAAAGCUACGAAGGUCCAAGCGCUACAGAAGGCUGGCUUGUGGAGGCGGUAAGCUGCUCCUGCUACACUGACGCGCAUGUGAUGAGAAAAAGUGCUCGCACUUGCGAGGAAAUAUUAUGUCGAAGGCUGCAUUGUGCUCACAUGUUGAUCUUCCUCAUUACUUAUUGCGCUAUCGAUACUCAGGUGGCACGAGCUUGCCGAGCGGAGAAAGAUACUGCGACAGGGAUGGCGCGCUUUUCACUGUCUACACGCCCUCCGGCAGCGACAGUAUGGAGCAACCAGCGUCAUCCAGACGCGACGCAUGAAGAAUGCCUGCGGAAGCUUACGGCGUCACGCACUACGGAACCAGGAGGAGCGCCGCCUUCGCGGCAGGGCGAAUCUGUUUGCGAAAUGCAGAAUCGAAAAGACCUGCAUCCGAGCCUGGAUCGAGCUCGCGAUUGCCGGCAAGCGUAAGAGGUUGAUGGGGGAUCUUGCACGGCAGGUAGAAGGAUUUGAUUUUUUCACGAGAGUUCUCGUGGUGAAUUUGAAAUUCAAACUUUUCAUUCUUUCGACUGAAUUCUGCAAGUCACUAUGUAUCAGAUUAGCAAUAGAAUCAGCAAGUUCUUUUCGCACUUCCAAACGAACUGAUUUAUCCCAGCACGUCCUUCAAUGCCGGCUGCGCUUCAAGCUCCGACGGUGGCUAGAGCGUGCGAGCGAGCGGAAAACCUUGACGUGUGCAGGAAUCGUGGCGAAAGAAUUCAGACUUGGCAAGGUCGUUCCGCCACUCCUCACGAAUUGGAGGUAAUGGUGGAUGAAUAUAUUGGUUCCGUAGUACUGCAGUUAACUAUGCGUGAUAUGGAACAACGUUGAAAUCCGUCUCUUGACAGGCUGAGCAAUUGAUUUCAGCGCGAUCGCUUUUUUGUGGAAUAAUACAGGUCCUGGGCAGUAAACCGCGUCAGCAAAAAAGCGCGCCAAAGGGACGCUUACAGGCAGCACCAAGACUCCCUUCGUCGUGGUGCUGCGCGACUGAUUUUGACGAGGGAGCGCGAGGACAUGUUAGCACGGGCCGCUGCUGCAAAAGAGCGGGCCUGGGAGAGCCUCAAGCUGCUGCACCGCUGUUUUUCCGCGUGGAAGAAAACGCGUUCGACGCUUUCUCUGGAGCUCAUAGCGCAGAAAUACGGAGGAGGAAUGGGUUCUGUAAGCAAUAUGCCGACGGGCGUUGAAAUACAGGCACCUCCUGCACGCGAAACGAGUGAGUUUCUGCACACAGAGAUGAAGGGGCGGAACUUGUUCUCCGCGGAAGCGGCGGCGCAAGGUGACCACCAACACGACGCCCUUCAGUCCUUUCCUGACGAUCAGAUGCGCUUUCCUGCAAUGCACGCAGUCGCUACGACGCAGUCGGUGUCGUCAUCACCAAUGUCGCAGCUUUUCGAAUGCCUCUCUUACGCCGCACAAGCUCAGGGGCAUCGAAAUCUGGGAGCUGCCCAUCUCCCGUCGCAAGAAGGCGGAAAUCCAGGAGGAGGACCUGCAUACGACUACAUGCAAGAGCCGCAAGGCGACGUGCAAAUGCAGGUCGACGAGUCCUCUUUGGUCGUCAGUCCGGCAGGUGGCUUUGACGGUUCCUUGCUCAUUGGUGCAGUAUCCACGCCCGAAAAGGAACUACCGGAAGUAGCACAUAGUAAGAACUCGUCCAAUACCAAAUGUAAAAAUGUCUGGGUCUGGAAACUUGUGAUGCUGGGUGGCGUCUCAUGAUGAGGCUACAGAUGCUGGCUCAGCAUGACAAGUGUCUGAGCUCCUAGGUGUUGCCUAUUCUGCAUGACAAACUGCGCUUCUGCAUCACAGAAAAGCGGAGCUCUUGGGUAGCGUGCGUGACAGAUUUAAGAGUCAUGCCAGACAAGCAUGACAAACAUGAAUUCUUCCAGAGCCAGACAUUUUUACAUUUGAUAUCCAAUUGCGUCGAACAUAAUGGCGCCAAUGAGACCCUUUUAACCGCCGAAACAGUAACAGAGUCGGCAGCGAACGGUCGACGUCUUGAGGCGACGGUGCAGCCAGGCCAGCAAAGAGUGGAACUAUUGCCAUCGACCGCAGCUGCAACAGCAUCAGCUGCGGCGAUUGUUGAACAAGAAAACAAGGGUAAAAGACCGACAGACCAUUCCGAGCGCAGCUUCGACCGUACAACGGCCUCACCCUUCCCUGGGCGCACCUCCUCGCCCUACACCUCUACCACCGCCCCCUCGACAGCGAGACCGGCAUUACUGUUGGAUGAGCGCGAAGAGCACGGGGUUCCCUUUGCGGACGAGGUUAGAAGUGUACCAAGUGUCGUGCGGGAAAGUCACGAGAGCGCGAUGUCGAACGUCGGACUCUUCUGGAAGGCGCAGAGCAGGGCGAAGCAGCUGCAGCAGUUGUUGCCAGGGACGGGGUGCAAGGAAUUCCACGGCAGAACGACGUUUGGCACUACGGUACGAAAGCAGCGACCUGCGCCGCGCAUUCCCCCGUGCAUUUUGAGGUGACGGCCGCGGGGUGGUGUGCCAGCGUAGCGAGUGGAAUCCGGCUGCAGGUAGGGGAGAAGUGGUGGUUGGGCACGCCUCGCUUCUGGGAAACGAAUGGUAGAACCUGACCAAACAGGGCGGGGGCGAUUAAACUCUGCGAUGCGGGCGGCGCCGCAGCAGGGCGGCGGUGGCGAAGGACUGGGUUGCUCGUAUGCGAAGGGAAGGAUUCACAAGUCCUGUUUGCACUGCGUUGAGGGCGUGGUGCUAACAAGCUUGUACCCUUUAGAGAAUAUAUGAAAACUGACCUGAACAAAAGAUAACAAAAAAUGAGCUGCAAAAGUUAAGAAGUAAGAGCUACGAAUCAUAAUUUUGCCGCGGUUGAGAUGCCUGCAGCACCGCACUAUCUCAGGGCAAGUGAAACAAACGGGAAUGAAAUAGGCAGAUAGGUGCAAAUAAUAUUC